UGGCAAUCGGUGGGGCCAUCGAUUCGCGUGCAACCCUACUACAGCUGAUCAACAAUGACGGAAGCCGCCACUGAAAAUUGUAAUUUUUGUCAAGCCGAACCGUUUAAAUACACCUGUCCCCGGUGUAAUGCACUCUACUGCAGCGUGGGAUGCUACAAAUCACAGCCGCAUCUCAAAUGCUCGGAGGCAUUCUACAAGUCUUGCAUUCAGGAUGAAUUGGCGAGUGCAACGACUACACCUGAAAGUCAACAGGAUAUGAGAAAGAUAUAUGAUAUAUUGAAACGCAUGCGGGAAACGGAUGCUGGAUUCAAUCCCAAGGAUUUUGAUGCUGAUGGACUUGACAAUCCUCUGGAUUCGGACGAUGAAGAUGUGCGAGAAGAAGCCGAUGAGGAUGAGGAACAAGAUCCUGUGCUUGAAGGGCAAAACGAUGUAGAUGCUGAAUACGAUGAGGAUGAGGACAUAGCCGCCCGUCUCAAAGGCAUUGACAUCAACGAUGCUGAUGAGGUCUGGAGUCGUCUGACAGAGGAAGAACAACAGGAAUUCCAGAAACUAAUAACCAGCGGCGACAUUAUGAAACUCAUGCCCGACUAUAAACCAUGGUGGAACAAGUCAAAGAAUUCAAAAAUUGUGGUUAUCAAUGCGCCAGCGGAUGAUAAAUCAAAAGUGCCUGGAAUUGCGAAAAAUAUUCCCAAAUUCUCGGACAUUUGCCAAAAGCAGCCAUCUCCCUGUCUGCACUACAAUCUGUGGAAUAUUCUAAGCGCCUAUGCCUGUGUGGAUCGUUUCUUUGGCGGUGAGCAGCGUACGACGAAUGCAAGUGAAGCUGCUGCCCAUUUGGUUAAUCUUAGUGCAACACUGAAGUAUGGUACAAAUUUUGAAGAUGCCGAGGAUGCUAUUGUCUCGGUUGAAAUGGAAUCCCUUACCACAGGCAAUAAGAGCGCAGCUGAAGCUGGUUCUAAUCUGCUGGUCGAGAGUCGUGAGCAAUUGCAACAGGACGCCCGACAGUUAAUGUCCUCGAAGGAUAACAAAUUGGCUGCGUUGAGUGAUGUUCUCCACCUGUUGCAGCAGAGCAAAGCGUUGGGCAAACGUGCCCAUGCGGAGGAGGCUCAAUUCCAGAAGAUUUUUGCCUUGGCCAACGGCAGUGUCGAGCUAAAUCGGGCCAAAUUGACACAGUUAAUUAAGAAAAUUGAGUUUUUGCUAUCAUAUGUAAUGAUGAGGGAGGAGACUCUCUGAGAGUAUUCUGCCAAAAUCAUAAAUAUCUAGUUUUAUCUA